CACUCACCAUGAAGAUCACGCUCUCCUUAUUACUGAUACUACUCAGCUUCAAUGGUGUGAAAUGUCAAAGCAUGGAAUCUUUACAAACUGCAGUGCAGAAGAAACCUGGAGAAACUCUGAGUCUCUCCUGUAGAGGAUCUGGAUUUAGCUUUAGUUGCUGUAGCAUGCAGUGGGUCAGACAACUGGCUGGAAAACCACUGGAGUGGAUCGGACGUGUUCGUGCUAGUGGAAUCGGCAAUGACUACUCAAAAUCUUUUCAAGGAAGAACUGAAAUCACCAGAGACAAUUCCAACAGCAUGGUGUAUCUGAAACUUUCUGGUGUGACAGUCGAGGACUCAGCUGUGUAUUACUGUGCAAAAUCAGCACAGUGAUAAAUAUCUGUGGAGGCACUGUACAAAAACAUGCAGCUGCUGUUAGAUGGUUAUUUUCAUGAGCGGAUGUUUUUCCGAGUCUGAGUUUCAGCAGAUGCUGAAGAUGGUUAAGUAGGUGAACCACAGGGGGCAGCAGAGGACAAGAAACAAUGUGCAGAAUGAACAGUGUUAAAAACUUUACAAGCUGCAUUGUUCAUUAGUUUAUCAGACUAACGUCAUAGUUAUAUUUAAAGUGACAACCACAACAAUUUACCCAACUGAAAGACGCUUUUCAGAGUCCAGGAGUUUGACUGACUGUGAGAUACUUCUGCCUGCACCGGAGUGUGACUAGGCCAUGAGCUGGAGCACUUGUCACCUCAGCACUGGAGCUUGCCUAGGCCUUUACAUGAGGACUUUGCACCCCCACAUCACAGGUUAACUAGGCCACAAGCUGGGAUCUUCUCAUGAAGGUAGCAUGCUGUGACUAGGGUGUGAGUCUGGAUGCCUCUUACCAUGACAGCAGAGAUUCUCUAGAUCAUGCGGCUGGACAACUCCCAAUGUGGUAGCUAAAUCUGACUAAGUCGGGACACAUCUCACCGCAGUGGUGGGGUUUGACCAGGCCUUGAACCAGGAGCCAGGGAACUUUACAUUGCAGUUAGAAGAGUUUUUGAUGUUAGUCAAAGUCAGAUGUACACACAAGUGCAAACUAUGCCUUGAUUGGACCAUGUGCUCACAAUGCUAACAUUUGAUUUAAUUAGCCUGUAUAGAGGAUCACAUUGAACUGCCUACUUUGUGUACGUUAAUGAGAUGCCGAGAUUAAAAACUGACAGACAGGGAUGUAAAUAAAUCGAGUUUUUUGCCGGCAGAACAUCCAUCCAUCCAUCCAU